AUGGACAAUCGAGUCGCAGAGAAUGUUCUCGGUACUCUGGGCGCGGUUUGCUGGUCUAUCCAACUCCUUCCUCAAAUAAUCAUAAAUUACAGGAGACAUAACACUGAAGGGCUACAAGGGUCGAUGAUGCUCUUGUGGGCUGUAGCAGGGGUUCCCCUCGGCGUGUACAACAUUGUGGAAGAAUUCAACAUUGCCCUAAGGAUUCAGCCCCAAAUUCUGACGAUACUGAGCCUCCUUACUUGGGCACAGUGUCUCUACUAUGGAAAGAAAUACCAAAUCAUGAAAUGCUGUUUCGCAGCCACUUCGCUUCUGCUGCUGUUGGGCGGCGUCGAAACUGGACUCAUAUUUGCCUUGCAGGCCGCAAAAGGCCACGGACUGGAAUGGCCUCUCAUUUUGAUGGCAGUUUUGAGUGCGUGUUUACUUGCAGGAGGUGUACUGAGACAUUACUGGGAUAUUUACGUCCACCGGACUGUUCGAGGAAUCAGCUUCAUAUUUGUUGGAAUUGAUGCUGCUGGGGACUUUUUUUCGCUCAUCUCUGUUUGUGGGUCAACCUCAUCAUCAGGUAGAAAUAGUCAAUGGCUAAUAUGCAGGAGUGUUUGGGUCGUCUAUUGA